GUCCUCGUGCCAUGUGACCGGGGACGGUUACAAAGCGCCCCCCCACUCCACCCCACCCCCGCACCCUUUCCCACACCCCCCCCCCGCCGUCGCCGCCACCACCACCCCCCCAGCCUCGCGCGGCCGGUGUUUGUGCUGAGUCACGGCGCGGCGCUGCCUGGUGCCGCGAGGAGCCCGGUAGCCGCAGCUGCACCAGGCUUCCCCAUGGGGACGGAGAGCGCCCGCGCGCUGCUGGAGCAGGCGGCCACCCUCACUCUGCAGACCGGCAACCUCCUCAGCUGGGGCUGCCUGCGCAAGAAGUGCCCGGCCACCCCCGGCGAGGAGGUGCGGGACUGCAUUCAGAAAACACUGACUGAAUGGAGCUCAAAGAUUGGACAAGACCUAAAUCAGGAAAUACCAGAAGUUCUGGAAUGUACUGUCGCUCAAGCUAUCGAAAAAAUAAAUCCUGAAGAAAGAGAUGAAUUGAAAGUAUCGGCAAAACUUUUCAUCGUUGGAUCAAACUCUUCAUCGAUCAGAGAUGCAGUUGACCUGGCAUGCUCUGCCCUUGGAGUUCCUCAGUUAGACUCAGUCAUUAUUGCCCCACCUCCCAUUGAAGAUGGAACUAGCCUCUCCUUGGAGUAUUUGCAACCUUAUUGGCAAGAACUUGAAAAUCUAGUUCAAAACAAAAAGAUUGUUGCCAUAGGUACCUCUGACCUAGAUAAAACAUUGUUAGAGCAGCUGUACCUGUGGGCACAGGUGAAACCAAGUAGUAAUCAGGUGAACCUAGCUUCCUGUUGUGUGAUGCCACCUGAUCUCACAGCAUUUGCAAAACAGUUUGACAUACAGCUGUUAACUCACAAUGACCCGAAAGAAUUACUUUGUGAAGCAAGUUUCCAAGAAGUUCUUCAGGAAAGCAUCCAGAACACGAAAGCACAUGAGUGGAUUCCUUUAUGGCUUCUCCGGUAUUCAGUCAUUGUUAAAAGCAGAGGAAUUAUCAAGUCCAAAGGCUAUAUCAUUCAAGCUAAAAGAAAUGCCUCUUAAAACACUUUUUUUUUUUUUCUUUAAUGGCUUACUGAUUUAAUUUCUUGGGGAUGGGGGAACAUGGCUUUUUUUCAUGGAAACACAUCUACAGCAUUUGUAACAAAGACCAAAAGUUGUAAUUAUUGAGUGUGAUGUCAGCAGCAUUGUCUGCAGUGUUCUAACACUACUUCUCUUCCUUAACAUAUUGACCAGUUCAUUUAAAAUAGUAAAUAUUUUGCAUUUGUUUUUAAUUGAAAUUAUCUCUGGAGAAACAGUUUAAAAUAUUUUUAUUUUUAUGACCAGCUCACUGUAAAAUUAUCAUUGUAUUUUAGCUGCCAUUAGGUAGUAGAGAGAAACAUAUAUUUUUUAAAAAAUUAUUUUCUCUUAAAUAAUAGUUACUUAUCUGGUAGGUACAUAGAUUUCAAACAUUCAAGGACUAGUUUUUGCAGAAAACUGUCAUCUUCUAUGAAAAAUUACCCCAAAAAAUUAAACUGGUAUCUUGUUACUUGGUAUGUAUAUAUAGGCAAGUCAGCUGUUUAAUUUGUGUGUAUGGGAAAAUUGGAUUAUUUUUAAUAUAGUGUAAAAGACCUCUGAUUUAGGGAAAAAUACAUCUUCCAAAUUACUUUUGGACUGUUACUUGAAUUCCUUCUGGCUUCUUUGUGCCUCAAUAUGCAUUGUUUAGUGUUUGCACAGGCACAUUUUUACUCUUUGAAAUAGAAAAUGUAUUCUUGUGUGAAUGUUUAAGAUAAGAAUUGAAAACAAGUGAUUAAAAAAUGUGUUGAUCAGAUAUUGAAUUGUGCCUGUCUUCUCAACUGUGGCUUGGUUUUUUGAUACUUGUGAACUACGCAAUCAGAAUCAGCCAAGUCAGAACAGAUAGUAAGUGUUGAAGCUGUUCGCUGUAGGGUUGUGUAAAAUGGAUGACUUCCUUGGAGUUGCCUAGGAGACUUCGUUGUUUGAGUGCCAUUCAGAAAUGAUGCAAGCAAGGGUUAGCUUGAAGUUAGGUAUCUUUCUAUUUGGCAGUAGCUUAGCACACUGGCUUUUGAGUCCUAGAGAAAUUGCUGCAGCUAAGGCAAGGCGUCUGGUUUAGUGUAGUCUUUCUAUCAAAAAGGCCUUUUCAUUUUCUUGGCCUUUAACUGAGAAUAGAUAGCAAAAGCUUGACAUGUAGUUUAGCAGGAACUUUAUACUGAGUGUCUAAAUUACUCAUUUUCCUUUUGAUUUCAGGCAGGAUCAGGACUUCAUACUAGUAUUACUCUUAGUUGUACAUAUUUAGAGACUUGGACUGUAAGGAAAUGAAUUUCCACCAGCAUCUUUCAAAUUCUGUCAUAUAGGCAGCUAAGUGGAAUUUGAAUGCCUGUAGGUUGUGUCUAGCAUGUAAUCCAUUCCACUAAGUUUAAAGAUGAAAAACUUUCAAGAUACCUUUUGAGUCCUCAACUACCUUGUCUGUAGGUGGCAAAUACUGGGAAAUGCACCUGGACUUUUUCAGUUAUUUUGAUAAAUGAGAUGGGGAACUGGAACUAGUAAUGCAUCAAUAAAAGUUGGAUUUUUUUCCUUCUAA